AUGAGUUCCGAAAACCCAAUAUUAGUUCCAAACGAAAAGGAACCAGAAAAAAUCAAUCCUGAACUUUCUCAGAAAGAUUCAUCUUCCUCUGCACCUACUACUGAUACUCCACUGGUUAUCAGAAAAUCAUUUGGUGUUAGAAGAGUUGAACUUUUGUUGAGACAAUAUGAAUCUAUUCCCUUGAAAAUUUUGUUUUUCAUUUCUGUUUUCUUUGUUUGCUAUAGUUAUUCUAUCGAUGGUGUUACACGUAACAAUUUGAUGCUUUAUGCUACUUCAUCCUAUAGAAACCAUUCUGGAUUUACAACUAUUAAUGUUUUAACUUCAGUUAUUGGUGGGAUAUCUCAGCCGGUUUAUGCUCGUUUGAGUGAUCGUUUUGGACGAGUUGAAUUAUUAAUUUUCUCCAUUAUUUUAUAUGUUGUUGGCACACUUAUUCAAUCUAAUGCUUAUGGUUUCAAUAGAUUCGCAGCUGGUAGUGUUAUCUACCAGCUUGGGAUAAAUGGUGUUAGAGAUAUGUUGUGGUUUGUGUUGGCUGAUUCAACGAACUUAAAUUGGAGAUUGGUUAUUAGUUUCAUUCCCGCAACUCCUCAUUUGAUCAAUACUUGGGUUGGUGGUGAUGUUAUGGCUUCUGUUAGAAGUAAAUUCUCCUGGCAAUGGGGAAUUGGUAUGUAUGCAUUCAUUUUCCCUUUGAGUUGUGUACCAUUACUUGGAUGCUUAACUCAUAUGAUUUUCCGUGCUAGAAAACACGAGGAUUGGAAACAAUUAAACCGUGAAAUUUCACAACAAUUCAAAAGAUCAAAUAUCGGUGGAUUGCUUGUUAGUUUAUUUUGGGAAGUUGAUUUAGUUGGUAUGAUUUUAAUCAUGGUUUCAUUGUGUUGUAUUUUGGUCCCAUUUACUAUUGCUGGUGGUGUUAGAACUAUUUGGCAACAAGCUUCUAUUAUAGCUCCUUUGGUCAUUGGUGUUUUAUUAAUUCCAGGGACUAUGAUUUGGGAAGCUAAAUAUGCAAAAUCUCCCAUUUUACCAUUACCAUUAAUGAAAGAUAGAGGAGUAUGGGCAUCUAUUUGCAUUGCCAUGUUGGUUUACUGGAUUAGAGACAUGCCGGGUGAAGCACUUUAUACUGUGUUGAUUGUUGGUUUAAAUCAAUCGACAAAAGCUGCUACAAGAAUUUCCAGAUUAUUUGUCUUUGUUGGUACUUUAACUGGUAUUGGUGUUGGAUUAGUCGUUACCAAAGUCAGAAAAUUAAAAGCAUUUAUUGUCUUUGGUAGUUUCAUUUGGUUUGGAGCUAUGGGUAUUCUUGUCCAUUAUCGUGGAUCAAGUAAUGGAUUUAAUUAUAAACUGGCAGUUGAUGGGAUUAUCGGUGGUCUUUGCCUUUUAGGUUUCGGUUCAGGAUUUAUUAAUUUCUCAACCCGUGUUGCUAUUUCCACUGUUACCAACCACGAAUAUAUGGCUGUCAUGAUUUCUUUCUAUUUAGCUAGUUAUUCAAUUGGAUCUGGGAUUGGGUCAGCAGUAGUAGGUGCUAUUUGGACUCAAAGAAUGUAUUCUGUUGUCUUGGAUAAGAUGAAUGAUUUGAAUAUAGUUGAUGCUCCAGAGAAAGCACAAUAUGUUUAUGAAAGUCCAUUUGAAUUUAUCGAAGAGCCAGAAAAUGCUUGGGGAGAACCAGCUAGAGUCGCUGUUGUUUUAGCUUAUAGUCAAAUUCAAAGAAUUCUUUGUAUCGUUGGUUUGUGUCUUGUUGUUCCAAUGUUAUUCUGUGCUUUGUGUUUGAGAGAUCAUAAAUUAGAAUCUAUUCAAUCUUUGGAAGGUGGUGAAGCUCAUGAUAUUGAAGGGAAAAAAGUGGAUGUUAUUGUUAACAAAUAUGAUGAUGAUAUUAUUUUGAAUUAUCUCAAGAAACUUUUCGGGAUUAAGAAGAAGGAAGAAAAGAAGGAACAUGCAGAUGAGGGUCAAACACAAUCCUACUAA